AUGUCUGGAAUCAGCAAAGCCUGUUGCUCUAUCCCCCCUGUCGUUUCCAAGGGCUACCAGGCCAAGGGAGUGUACAAGACAAUCAAUGGCCUGAAGACCUAUGUUACCGGUCCUGAGUCGGCCUCGAAGGCUAUCUUGGUCGUGUACGACAUCUUUGGCUUCUUUGAUCAGACUAUCCAAGGUGCCGACAUCCUAGCUACUUCGACCGACCAGAAGUAUCGCGUGUUUAUGCCCGACUUUUUCGAGGGCAGCCCCGCUGACAUCUCGUGGUACCCGCCCACCACUGACGAGCACAAGGAGAAGCUAGGAAACUUCUUCUCAACCAAAGCCGCACCACCCAAGACCCUCUCCAAGAUUCCCGGUGUCGUCGCCGAAGGCAACAAGCUCGCACCGGGCGGCAACUUCCAGUCCUGGUCAAUCCUCGGCUUCUGCUGGGGCGGCAAGAUCGCCGCCCUUGCCUCAGGCACAGACAACAAGCUCUUCAAGGCCGCCGUGCAAUGCCACCCGGCUAUGGUAGAUGCCAACGAUGCCAAGGCGGUGAACAUUCCAAUGGCGAUGCUCGCUUCGGGCGAUGAACCUGCGCAGGACGUCAAGGAUUUCGAAGCGAACUUGAAGGUGCCAAAGCACGUGGAGACUUUCUCGACUCAGAUCCACGGCUGGAUGGCUGCUCGGGCGGAUCUGGAGAACCCUGAGGUGCGCAAGGAGUAUGAGCGUGGAUACAAGACUGUUCUUGAAUUCUUCCACCAACACUCGUAA